AGACAUAUUUAAUAUAGUGGAAAAAAUUUUACAAAGAAGUUUUGUUGUAACUACUAUGUUUUACUACGAAGCAUCUACAAAGCGCCGUUUUAUCCAAUGUGCAUGUGCCAUUCUCUGGUGCUUAUUAGCCGGAGGCCCAAUUUUCGGGUUUGCUGCGUUGAAGCCAGUGUUAAUUAGGGAAGGAGUUUACGAACUGGUGUGUGAUAUCCAGACAGAUGCCGUCAGAGGUAUGUUUGACUUCGAGGCCCCCCAGUCAUUGACGAGCCUCUUAUUGGGCCAGGCUGUUGGUGUUCAAGAAGAACAAACAGUGGCCAAGUGUGUUGCUCAGGACUUGAAGUUGAACAUGAUGUUCACAGUGGGGGCUGUUGUCACCAAUGUUUCGGCCCUUGUGAUUGGGAAACUCUUGGACGACUUCGGUCCACGGUUCUGUGGCCUGGUGGGAGCGUUCUUUUUGUUUUUGGCGUGCUUUGUGUUCAUCUUUGCCAGUCAAAUCGACAAGUCUUUUAUCGGUCCAUACUUUGACCCUUACUUGGUAGGAUAUGCUUCCAUGGCCUUGGGAGGCCCCUUCUCCUACAUCUCACAGUUCCAGUUAUCCAACUCGUUUCCCAAGAAGUCGGGAACCGUGUUGGCAUUGUUGACGGGUGCGUUCGAUGCUUCUUCAGCUGUGUUUUUGGUUUACCGUAUUUUCUACAAUCGUUCCAACGGAGUCUUCACCAUCAACAAAUUUUUCCAAUGCUACAUCCUUGUGCCAGUAUUCAUCGCUGUGUGUCAAGUGUUUGUGAUGGAAAAGGACUCGUACAAGACGCCUCCUGAAACUGACUUGUGUGUGGAUGAUGUGCCAGAUGGAUUAGCGUCUUCUGCCGCACCCAUCAGCGAAACAGACCCAUUGUUGAAUGGAGAAAACCACCCGGUCGGACAUCACAGAAGAGACUCGAUUGGAGAUGCCUUGAAACAGCCUUACGCCGAGGAAGGAGAAGCCAACCUUGUAAAAUACUCGGGAGGAAUCUUUGGGAUUUUACACGGUUAUUCGGCUCAGUACCAGUUGAGAACCCCAUGGUUCUACCUCAUGUGCUUGUUUGCAACCAUCCAGAUGUUGCGGUUGAACUACUUUGUCGCCACCAUCAGCACCCAAUACACGUACUUGUUGUCAUCGGUGGCGUUGUCGGAGAAGUUGGUGAAGUUCUUCGAUGUGGCCUUGCCAUUAGGAGGAGUACUUUCGAUUCCGUUUGUGGGGUUGUUUUUGGACUCUUGCUCCACCGUGACGGUGUUGGCCGGGUUGUUGGGAAUUUCGCUUAUCAUUGGAGCAUUGGGAUUGACCACCCACUAUGUUACGCUUUUCAUUAAUGUGUGUUUGUUUGUGGUGUACAGACCAUUUUUCUACACCUCAGUUUCUGACUUCUGUGCCAAGGUGUUUGGCUUUGACACGUUCGGAACUGUAUACGGGGCCAUCAUUUGCACGUCGGGGAUCAUCAACUUCUCGCAGAGUGUCUUGGAUAAAUGGACUCAUACCACUUUUAAGAUGAACCCUACGCCCAUCAAUGUUAUUUUGGUGGUGCUCACGGCGCUUAUUGGCGGGGUCAACGUAGCAUAUGUCAAUGCUGAGACCGAGUUGUACAAGAAGAGAAAGCAGGCGCAGUUGUCGCAAGCGUCUGCCUAGACCUUAAGUAAAUAGCAUAAAAUCACUAGACUCGUAUUUUUUACUUUU